CACCUUGCAUCACAUACGGUGUUGUACCAGGCCUUUUAAUUUGACCUGGAACACGCACUUUUUCUGACCGCAGUGCAGAGCAGCACGCACUUUAUCGGCAUUCGUUUGGAGUACUAACUAAACACAAUGUCCAGUUUUGUUAUGUUUUCGCUCGCAUACUGCGUGUCAACGAUGGUAAUCCAGCCCGGCCGGCCGUCGCCAGUCCUUGUCCAGACGCAGCCCUGUCCAGCCCCGUUACAAUGGGAAGGACGGACCGUUGAAUACGACCAUAGUACAGGGAGGAAUUCACGGGCGGCGGUCUCCUAUGAUGCCCAGAAUAAACGAAUACGAGUGUUGGAGGAGAAGCGGGGACACGUACCUUGCAAGAAGUACUUUGAAUACAUCUACCUGUUUAAUAGUGGAGUGCUUUUCCAGAUUGAGCAAGUUACCAAGAAGUGUGCUAAACUUAAUUUGACUGACGUUUGGGAUCCAUACGACAUCCCAUUGAACUCCACAUUUGAAGAUCAGUAUUUCAUUGGUGGGCCUGGAGACAUGAUUGAGGUUCAAGAGUGGUCAGACAGAAAACCAGCUCGUAAAAAUGAGAACUGGGUGGGGGUGUACACCCUGAAGGACUGCUACCCUGUGCAAGAGACUUACACCAAGAACAGCAGUGUGACCACCUCUACACGCUUCUUUGACCUGGAGCUUGGUAUCGGUGACCCUGGGGUUUUCAACCCUCCAAGCACCUGCCUUUCAGCUACACCUGAACUUAUGUUCUCUGAGUGCUGAGUCUGCUUCCUAACACAAAAUAAUAUAGUUUUUUGGCACUCUGCAAGGGUGAAGAUGGAUAUGGAAUAUACAAAGUAUAACUUCAAGAGGCUAAUAUUUCAAUGUUGUGUAGACAUAUCUACUUAUAUGGUAGCUUUGCAGCAAGAAACUUACAUACAUACAUUUAAAGCAUUUGGCAGAUGCUCUUAUCCAGAGUGAUUUACAUGUUGAUUACUGUGGAAGUAUAUAUGUGAAAUGAACACAUAAGCUGUUCCUGGCACCAAAAAGGAGUAUACCAUAAUGAAUGUGACAGUAUGUAUAGUAGCUACAUCAUUUCUAAUGUACUAAAUUUUAUUUAGUAAGUAGUACAUAAUAAAUGAUGUGUAUCAAAUUCUUACCUAAAAGCACACUUUGGUCAUAGUUCAAAGCACAAAAAAUGAAUGAUUUUGUCAUCUAUGCACUUUUAGAUAUGUUUUCUACUGAUGUCCAUUAGGUUCACUGUUUUGUUAUGCACUACAGUCAUCCUGUAUGACUACUUUUUUUUGUUGCUGUUUUGCAAUGCAAAGCUAUUCAUGACACACUGAAACCAAAAGCAAAUAAAAAUAAAUGUACUAAGAA